ACAACAAACGUCACCAACUCACCAAACAGCACCUAGGUUUUAUUUUUAUUUUACAUAUUUUUUGCAGUAGCUUUUAGAACUUUGGACUUUGAUUUGUGUUUACAUUAUUCCAGGAUAAAGUCUAAAUACUCCCAUUUAAAUUAGAUUAGAUACUCCUUUUCUGUCGCCAAACGUUAUAUUAUAUACAUUUUUUCCCAAAUUAAUAUUACUUUCAUCAGUAUUCCGAAAAUGAUUAACACUGGGAAGUUAGCUGGUCGAACAGUAUUCAUUACAGGAGCUAGUAGGGGCAUCGGCAAGGCAAUUGCCCUCAAGGCGGCCAAGGAUGGGGCUAAUGUUGUUAUCGCCGCUAAAACGGCAGAACCACAUCCAAAACUGCCUGGGACAGUAUAUUCUGCUGCUGAAGAAGUUGAGAAGGCUGGCGGAAAAUCGUUGCCCUGUAUAGUCGAUAUUAGGGAUGAGGGCCAAGUGAAAAAAGCGAUACAGGAUGCGGUGAACAAGUUCGGCGGUAUCGAUAUUCUUAUCAACAACGCAUCCGCUAUAUCUUUGACUGGAACUGCUGAGACUGAUAUGAAACGAUAUGACCUGAUGAAUAAUAUUAAUACUAGAGGAACGUUUUUAGUGUCUAAGGAAUGUUUACCAUAUUUAAAGAAAAGCAAUCACGCCCAUAUCCUGAACCUCUCGCCACCUUUAAAUUUGAACCCGCAGUGGUUCAAAAAUCACGUGGCCUACACCAUGGCAAAAUACGGAAUGUCCAUGUGCGUCCUAGGCAUGCACGAAGAGUUCAAACCGUUCAAUAUUGCCGUGAACGCGUUAUGGCCCAGAUACGCUAUCAAGACUGCAGCAAUCGAUUUGAUUGCUGGCGCAGAAACAGGAAAGUAUUGUCGCAAACCGGAAAUUUGUGCUGACGCAGCCUAUGCUAUUAUCACUAAAGACCCUAAAGCAGUGACUGGUAACUUUUUCAUUGAUGAUGAGGUGCUUCAAAAAGAGGGUGUCACAGAUAUGGUCCAAUACGCGGUGGAUCCAGCCAACAUUGACAGUCUACUACCUGAUGCCUUUUUAGACAACGUCACUAGUAAAAACAUUUUGGGACAGACUGCGUUCUCUGACAAACCAGCUGCCGCAGAGCCAGUAGGCGAGGUUGCCAAAUUGUUUAAAACGAUAGGAACGAAUUUAUCGUCCGAUUCCGUUGCUAAAACCCAGGCAGUUUUCGCUUUUGUCGUUACAGGAGAUGAAGCUGGCAAAUGGUACAUAGAUCUGAAAAACGGCCAAGGUGGAUGUGGUCAAGGUGAACCACCAUCUGCUCCAGAUGCUACCUUAACCAUGGACAGCAAAAACUUCUUCAACAUGUUCUCGGGCAAGUUGAAACCAGCGACGGCGUACAUGAUGGGCAAACUGAAGAUCAAGGGCAACUUACAGCAAGCAAUGAAACUGGAGAAGCUCAUGUCUAGUCUUAAAUCUAAAUUAUAAUAAUAAUAAUAAGGCAAUUUUUAAAUAUACACACCCAUUGAAACAAUUGACUUAAAUAAUGUAUCAUUAUCAUUAUAUUAUAUUUAUAAGAUGUUAAUUACUGUACGGUUUAAGUUUAACCUCAUGUUUUUUAUUGUUGAUGUCAUUUUUAUACAAGUACCUUUUUAUACAAAUCAUAGUUUCAUUAUUUUAUUCAUUAAAGAUGGUUAAAGU